ACACCACUAACGUCGUCUCGUUCGUUCAUCCUUGCAUCGAUCCAAAUCAAAACAAGAUGGCUGAUGUAUUGAAUUCUUCGUGGUCUUAUACCGACGCUGUGUAAUUCUUUGUAUUUCCUGAGACAAACUGAGUGUUCUAACUUUUGGUAUGCCAUUUGCGCAUUGUGAUAAUGGAGUUUGACGAGAUAGUUGUGAAGGAGAGCCCGGGAUUGUGCCGGUGCUGUCUUUCCGAAGGAUGCUACAAAGACCUUGGCUCGGAGUACACUUGGAUGAACGACAAUGAAAUAUAUGCUGAUAUGUUGUUGGAAUGCUUUGAUAUUAGUAUAACACAACACAAUGAUGGUCCAAAUGGUCCUAACCGGCUUAUAUGUGAGGUGUGCAUCACCAGGCUGAGAGAUGCGUGCAACUUCAAAAAGCAGGUGCAGGAGUCGGAAAAGAAAUUCAUUGACAUGGUAGCGAGGGGUGACUUUAGGCCCAAAGUACUGAUGUAUCAGGCACAGAUGAAAUCAGAAGAAAAUGUUGAAGAGGUCAUUGUUGAGGAGAUAGAAUAUCUCGACGAUGAAACGGAUUUUGGAGAUGAUGAACCACUGAAACCUGAGGAUCCAUCUGUGUCUGAUAUAACAGUGGAGCCUCUACCAGUGAAAGGCAAGCGCGGCAGGCCCCGAAAGAACGCAGACAUCAAGACUGAGAAACGGAUCAAAGUCGCCAAGACUGAGGAGAAGGCGAAAACGUCAAAGGCUGUCGCGAAAGAUGAAUAUCCGCCAGGCCCGUACGAAGGCUGUACGUCUGAGCGGCGGCGGAAAAACUUGAGAAUAAUCUUCAACCAUACGACCGUGAUGCCAUUCAAAUGGCGCGGGAAGUAUCUAUGUUUUUACUGUGGCAAGAGCUAUACGGAAUAUGACGAGUUCAAAAAGCAUACCAAAUCCCACGGCGACUGCAAUACAAAGGAUUACGCUCUCAGGAUGAUCAAAGGCAGCCAUAUUGAGAUAAAGAUAGAUGUUUCUGAAAUUGUUUGUGACAUUUGCAACGAGCCAUUUGACAGAUUCGACGAAAUUGUCGAUCAUCUCAUAUGUAAGCACAAAUUAGAGUAUGAUAAAAACGUGGACAUACCCUAUCAGGAAUAUAGAUUAGCAGAUUUUAGGUGUUUGCACUGCGAGCAACAGUUCUCAUACUUCGGAUAUUUGGUGAACCACGUUAAUAAUGCGCAUCCCCAAAACAGCUUUAUAUGCGACGAUUGUGGUGUCAGCUUCAACAAGAAGCGGGAUCUGGCUGUACACUUUAGAAAUUAUCAUCGACAAGGCGGAUACCCUUGUGAUCAGUGCUUACUAAAUUUCGAAACAUUUCAUACUUUACGAAGACAUCAGAAUAAUAUCCAUUAUCGACAGUGUAACAGCUGCGGUUUACGUUUUGCGUCUUUGUCGCUCUUACAAAAACAUAUUAAUAUUGACCACCCAGACGACGGUAGCUAUAAGUGCAAUUACUGUUCCAAGGAACUACAUUCAGCUCAAGGUUUAAAUCAACACAAAAGUAAAUGCAAAGUGAAACUUAUUACCCACGUCGAGCCCGGCAAUUCUGUUACUCCGGUAGACAGUAUUGAAGCAAGAAAGAAUUUAAAUCUGAAGCAAAUGAGGCAGAAUAUUCAGUGUAUUCUCAAUAUGUCAACGGCAAUUCCAUUCAAGUUUUUCUCGAAAUAUACUUGUUUUUAUUGCUCCUCAAAAUAUGUGGAAUUUGAGGAGUUAAGAGAUCAUACUGCGUUGGAGCAUCCCGUAUGCGAUCUGAAGUCAAAAUACAUGAGUAAGUGUAAAGGGGAAAGAGUCUCUGUUAAGAUUGAUAUAUCAGUACUCGCUUGCAAAUUGUGCUGUCUUCCAAUGCUAGGUUUAACCGAACUCACGGACCAUUUGAUAUCUGAACACAAAGCCAAUUACGAUAAGUCGAUAACUGGUUGUUUGGAGCCAUUCAGGAUUGUGAAAGAUAACAUCCCAUGUCCAUUAUGUACGAUGGCUUUUCGGUACUUUAGCACCCUCCAGCGACAUAUGAACGCUGUACAUAGCAAUAAUAAUAGAAUAUGUGAUUUCUGUGGAAAAAGUUUUCGUAAUGUCACCAAUCUUAAAGUCCAUAUUUCGUACACACAUACAGGUACUUGCGAAUGCCACAUAUGCGGAGCUAAGUACAAGAAUCAGUGGUGCCUCGCUCGCCACAAGGCGAAGCACCACGAUGUCAAGGACUACAAGUGUACAAAAUGUGCAGAGCAGUUCCAUUCCCAAUACCAGAGGCAGAAACAUUUGAUCAAAGUGCACGAUGAAGGUCACAAGUGUACGUAUUGCGGGAGAAUGUUCACCCGCAAUUCUUUCAUGAAGGAUCACAUACGAAGAACACAUUUGAAAGAGAAAAAUGUUCCAUGUUCGGUGUGUAAUGAAAAGUUCUUUGACAACUACCUUCUGAGGAUGCACAUGGUUAAACAUGAGGGCGAGAGGAAGUUCACUUGCGAAGUGUGUGGCAAAGCGUUCCUAAGGCGGAGUAAUCUUAGUUCUCACAAGGAAAUGCAUAAAAAGUACGGUCAUGUGUAGGCUCAAAGUCAACACAAUGGUUACUCUAGGCAAGCAGAGAUUGGUAAUUGAUCGAAAGUAAUUAAGCGAAAAUGUCCAAGGGCGUGAUCUGAAAGAAAUGUUUGGUAAUUGUGAAGGAGAGAAAUGACUACACAAAUAACGCUGUCUUUCAGUAGACAUGGACAAUUUAUGUAUUUUUAUAAUCUAAUAUUUGCGUAAAAAUCCAUUAGCUUUAUUUAUUUUAAGGAAUGAACCAACUUGGCAGCUUAAUAGUAUUUUUGUUAUUUUUAAUAUAUUUCCAUGUUAAUUUAAGUAUGUUUGAUAAUGAAUAUGUUUGGAUAACGCCUCUCCCAGUGAUUCCACUAUAAAAAAAAUAUAUCGACGUACUGGGACUUAGGUCCGAUAUUGUGCAUUACGCUAUCUUUAAAUGUUUGAUGGAUACGUAAGUGUGAAUGCAAAAUAUACUUUGGGUAAUGUAUAGACAACACAUAUAGAAACUGUGAUCAUGCAUCGGAUAUUUUAACAUUUUAUUGUUUGUAAUAACGUAAAAAAUACGACGGUCAUAAGCUACAAUGGUUAGCUGCUAUUUUUUUUGUCUUACAAACUUGAUUUGCUCUCUAAUAAAUAUAAAACUAUAUUAGUGUCGCAUGUAAAGCAUUAUUUAUUCCAAAAAUAUUAUUACCUUUUAUACUUAUUUAUAUGUAUGAUGAAAAAAAAAUUAAUGAUUUUAAUUAUAUUUGGAAAUGAAGUUAUUUUUCUAUGAAUUUAUUUUAUUUAACACAAUUACAGCUAUCUGUAAUGAUGCAGUAUUAUUGAAUGUUUGUGAAUUACAACCGUAAAUUAUUUUUCUAAGGGCUGUGUUUUGUUCUUACUACUGUGAUGGUAUUUUGAUGUAGAGGUGUCCUACAAAAGAUCAACAUAUUUUGAUUCUAAAACACCUGAAAUAAAAUUGUAUAUUAAUUAAUUUCUUUUUAUAAUCUCUGUAUUAAUACGUAAAGCAAACUUGUACCCGAUUUUACGGAAAUUAGGCGAACGGAGUAGAAUGAAAUUUGGCGCAGUUAAAGUUCAUAUGAAGGAGUACAUAAAGGGAAUCUUUUUCAGUAAUGUGUACAUAUUAGAAAUACAUAAAAUAAAUAAAAAUACGUCACUACGUACACUAGUUUUUAUUAAUAUUCAAUGCUAGUUGUGUGGUCAAUAAUGUAAUUUACUCAUUAAUUCUGAAAGAUGUGCAAUGUGCAUAGUAUUGUAUGAUCUAUACGUACAAAUGUGUUUUAGCAGGAUUUUGUAUGGUUGAAUCAAUAUUUUCACCUGUACCUACUAAAAAUAAUUGAACUAAAAUUAGUACAAAGCAAUUAUCAUAAUACUUGUUUACAAAAUGAAAUCCAAUAAAAAUAAAUAAUUCGAACAUAAACAGACCCUUAAUCGGUAAAAGGCUUCUUGGUGCCUAGAAAACAUUUUAUUUAAAAAAAUA